AUGGCAUUGAAAGAGACAAAAACUAUUUGUGGCGAUGUGCCGCCCCACUACUGGGAAACACCUUACUCCCAGCCCUACUUUGACAACUCGUCGAGACGAGAAGUGACAGCGACAGUAGGACAAGCAGCCUUGCUUCACUGUCGUGUGCGGAAUCUGGGCGAUAGAGCGGUAUCAUGGAUACGCAAACGUGACUUGCAUAUACUCACCGUCGGCAUACUCACCUACACAAACGAUCAACGAUUUCAAUCGCUACACACCGAAGGCUCAGAUGAAUGGACGUUGAGGAUAUCUUCGCCACAGCCAAGAGAUUCUGGCACAUACGAGUGUCAAGUGUCCACCGAGCCGAAGAUAAGCCAAGGAUUUCGACUGAAUGUAGUUGUUUCUCGCGCAAAAAUUCUUGGAAAUUCGGAACUUUUCAUCAAAAGUGGCAGCGACAUAAAUCUCACCUGUCUAGCCAUGCAAUCGCCCAUACCGCCCUCCUUCAUUUACUGGUAUAAGGGUAAACGUGUGAUGAAUUAUUCACAACGAGGCGGCAUCAAUGUCAUAACGGAACGUUCGACGCGCACCAGUAAAUUAUUGAUAGCGAAGGCAACUCCAUCCGAUUCGGGGAAUUAUACAUGCUCGCCGAGCAGUUCAGAUUCUGCCUCGGUAGUGGUGCACGUCAUCAAUGGUGAACAUCCGGCUGCCAUGCAACAUGGCAAUAGCAGCGCCAAUCGCCUUUCCAGUACGCUGCACGGCAUCCUCUCUCGAAUAACCCAACGCAUGCUCACCACACUGACCGCAAGCAUCACCACAGCGGCAACAACAACAACAGCAACUGGAGCGGUAGCAUGCUCAAGUGAACAACUUCUGGCCACUAGGGUGCUACAACGACAGACAACGUGGCUCGUGUUGCUACUGAGGUGUUUGCUACAACGACUGCUGCUCGCCGCGACCACAACAAAUUGGUGCAUCGUGGCGAUGGGCUGGUUACUCUCCAAGUGGGCACUGCAAUGCGGUCAAUGGCAGCAGAAACAACAGCUACACCAACAAGAACAACAGCAACAGCAACUGCAGCAGCAACGGCAACGAAAACAUCGAGUGCGGCAACCACUAGAGGACUGUUGUUGGUGUUGGUGGCAUUGGCGAGGAUGGAGUGCUGGCACUUGGUUGCACAGGUGAUUGGUAAAUUGAACAGAAGUGGGGGAAAGAAUGAGGAACUAAAAACAAUGACACAGAAAAGAACAUGAAUGACUGCGAUUUUACACGUAUAGUAAUUGUAGUUGUAAUUGUAUAUAAAUAUUUGGUUUUUUCUUUUCUAUCUAUGCGACGGCUAAGACUCACGGCAGUGCA